UGAACAGUGUGCGGUCCCUUUAAAUCUGAAGCCCCGCCCCCUCUCACAGAACCACCACGUCAUCACAAAUCAAAAAAACAAACAUGGCGGUGCACUGCACCUGCACAGCUUUCCUGACUGUAUUUAUGCUCGUUUCGUCCGUUUUAACGGCGUGUUUCCUCUCGGGUUCGGACGUGACAUGUCCGGUUGUGUCUCUGACCGUUGUUACCGUCCUGGUGUUGCUAUGGUUACGGGGGUUACGGCGGGGGCGGGACGCGGAGACUGACCGGCGGGUGUGCGUGCUGGUGUUGGGGGACAUCGGACGCAGCCCUCGGAUGCAAUAUCACUCCUUGUCCCUCAGCAAACACGGAUUUAAUGUGACUUUUGUUGGGUUUUAUGAUUCAAAACCUCAUCCAGACGUCCUGAGACAAGAGAACAUUCAGAUCGUCCCCAUAACGGAAGUGAAAGGUCUUCGAGGAGGACCGAGACUCCUCACCUAUGUGACGAAGGUGAUCCUUCAGGUCCUGCAGCUUCUCUUUGUUCUGCUGAGGAUGGACACACAGUCUCAUAUACUGAUGCAGAAUCCCCCGGGCCUGCCCAGCAUCGCAGUAGCGUGGCUCGUUAGCGUCCUGCGAGGCAGCACAUUCAUCAUCGACUGGCACAACUACGGCUACACCAUCAUGGCCCUGAGUCACGGACAGAGACACCCGCUGGUCCGGAUGGCAAAGUGGUAUGAACACUUCUUCGGUCCUCUGGCCGCUCACAACCUGUGUGUUACCAAGGCGAUGAAGGACGACUUGCAGGAAAACUGGGGCAUCAAGGCGACGACGCUGUACGACCGACCGGCCUCCAUCUUCAGAGAGACUCCUGUGGAGCUGCAGCACGAGCUCUUCAUGAGACUGGCCGACACAUAUCCUCAGUUCCAGAGUGAAAGGUCUGAUGAAGCGGACGUUCAGGUGGAGAGGACGGUUUUCUCAGCUCGUGACCUCACAGGUGACACGGUGACUUUAAGGGCGGAGCGACCGGCGCUGCUCAUCAGCAGCACGAGCUGGACAGAGGAUGAAGAUUUCUCCGUCCUCCUGAAGGCUCUUGAAGAGUACGAAGGCUUCAUCAAAGGAGGAUCGUCUUUACCGUCUUUAGUGUGUGUGAUCACAGGUAAAGGUCCUCAGAAGGAGCACUACAUGAAGCUGAUCGACUCUCUGAGUUUACAACAUGUGAAGAUCUGCACUCCCUGGCUGGAGGCCGAGGACUACCCGGUGUUAUUAGGUUCAGCAGACCUGGGUGUUUGUCUCCACAUGUCAUCCAGCGGUCUGGAUCUGCCCAUGAAGGUGGUCGACAUGUUCGGCUGCUGCCUGCCGGUCUGCGCCAUCGACUUCAACUGUUUGCACGAGCUGGUGAAGCAUGAGGAGAACGGACUGAUCUUCAGAGACUCUCAGGAGCUCGCAGAGCAGCUCAAGUCCCUCCUGUCAGAGUUCCCCAGUUCAGGCGGCAGACUGGGCGCGUUCAGGAGCAGCCUCCGCUCCAGCAGAGGGCAGCGCUGGGACGACAACUGGGACCAGAACGUCCUGCCUCUGAUCACUGCUCCCUGAGGGAAAACAUCAAUGGAUCAUUCCUUUACUUUCAGACCAAAACGAACAGUGAAGUGUUUUUUGUUUUUUUUUACCAUCGAUGUUUGCCUGGAAGAUUUUCUGUUUUGGACGAACCAAAAGGAAACAACACGGUUGGUUCAGAGCAGAGAAAUUGAGACAGAAUAUUUGGGAUGUAUGAAAGAUGGGACGUCCAGAUUUAAUAUCUGGUACUUUUUUAAACUUGUAGGAAGUGAAAUGUGGCAGUAAAACUCUCUGCCUUUCCAUUCCUACUUCAAAACACUUGAAUGUAUAAAAGGACAAUUUGUAAAUAAAAAAUCUUUAUUGUUCUACAGCCGUGUCGAGUACAGCUGAAUCAGUUCUAUAGCCGAGUCUCUGUUGUAAGGAAACACGUGGCUGACGGGCUCUGUGAUCACACGGUGGCUGAUUCCUGCAUUCUCUGUCAACAUAAAAACAAAACAAGAGUUAACACCAUCCAAGAGAUCAUCACAAGUGAACUUUUUUUUAUACCAGAAGAUGAGCUUGAAAACUCUAGAACAGCUUUGAAACAAGAAAGGUGAGAAAUGAAACCUGAAGACAAUCCAUUAUAGUCUGCACCUUUCAGUCAUUCAGAUCCUUAAAUCUAAGUGAAAAACCCUCUAGAGCUGAUAAAGGAGUCAUUUUUGUUUUGCAUUCAGACUCUGGUUUCUGUAAGAAGCAAACCGUGCUCUCUUACCGAGCUGCUGCUUGAAGCCGCUGUAGGUCUCCUGGUUCCUGAUGGUGGAGCAGAUGAGGACCUGAGGGAGGACUGCAGGGCCCGAACACCUCAGGAUCUUCGACAGCAGCUUCACCAGAAUCCCCACAACGUCGGGGUCGUACACCACAUCUACACCACGGGGGAAAAACCAGCAACGUCAUAAAUCAGUAGAGAUACUCGCAGUAGUUUGUUAUUGCAGAACUUUCACUCCAUUUUUAAACAUUUAGUUUCACUACCCAAAAGUUUUUUUUAAGUACAGCUGCAUCAGUCCAUUUAUUUGAUUUGCAGAAAUGAAUCUGCAACUGUUUUGAUGAUGGUUAACCCUCAGGCAUCAGUUUAAUUUAUGACCCUCUGAAGUCACUAAGGACAAAAAUGUCCAUUUACAAAAAAAACUCAAAAAUAGAACAGAUUGAUAUUUUUUCUACUUUUUUCUGCAUGCAUCAAAGGGUUAAAUUCCUAAGAAAAAGAUUGAAUGUUUGGUAGUUCUGAGCAGGGCUGAAGUUGUUUAAGAGAUUUAUAUAGAAAAAAAUCUCAAUCUGUUUUAUUUUUAUAGCAGUUUUUUGUAAGUGGCCCUUUUCGCCUUAAUGACUUAAGAGGGUCGUAAACAUGUUUCAGUGUUCUAUUGAUCUAUUAAAAAAAAUUAAAAUGUG